AUGUCUAAACGUCCUGAUUUAGGCUGUCGAGGUCGUGCUAUAAAAGUUAGAGCAAACUAUUUUGAAGUUACCUCUCUGCCUGACUCAAACAUUUACCUUUAUGAAUUUACAAUCACACCGGUUGUUCCCUCGUCUUUAAAAAAAAAAUAUUAUAUUACGAGUUUUCAAGAUAAAAUGCAAGUUUUCUUGGAAAUUCGAACUAUGUAUACGACGAGAAUCGCUGAACUUGAUAUGGAACAACUACAUAGAUUCCUUGACGGGAAUUGCAGUUCAUCAAUAAAUAUCCAAAGAGGAUUUGAGGCUCUUGAUGUAUUGAUUCGUUACAAAUCAUCCAUGAUGCAUAUAACACAUCAAGAAGACGAGAUUAUGUACGCAACGUAUGGGAGAACAUUUUACACUAAUCAAGACUCAAAAUCUAUUUUUGGAGGUGCGGAAAUUUGGCAAGGAAUUUAUCAAUCUAUCAAGCCUACUCCUCACAAAUUGAUGGUCAAUAUUGAUAUAUGCGGUACUGCUUUUUAUGAAAAUUGUAGUUUAGUACAAAUGGUCACAAAAUUACUCGGUCUAAGUAACCCUGAUGAUCUUAGAAGAGGAAUUCAAGAUCACGAACGUUGCAAACUUCAAAGGGCUUUAAAGGGUUUAAAGAUUCACGUCAAUCAUCUUGAUUCCAAACGUACAUAUCGUAUUGUUAGAAUAACCAACAUUCCAACUUCAGAUAUUAAAUUUGAAAUCGAUGGUAAAAUAACCGAUGCGGUUUCAUACUUUAAAAAGAGUUACAACAGUACUCUACAAUUUCCAUUUCUUCCUUGCGUUACCAUCAGAGAAGAUAUAACUUUACCAAUAGAAUUAUGUGAAGUAGCCAAGGGACAACGUUGGACCCGUAAAAUGAAUGAAAGACAAACAGCGGAUAUGUCUAUACUUGCUUGUUUGCCACCUAGAUUCCGUGCAAAGAAAAUUAGACAAAGUCUAGACAUUCUCAAAUAUCAAGAGAACGAGUACUUACGAAAAUUCGGCAUGAGUGUUUCUAAUGCUAUGGCUACGUUUGAAGCGAGAAUAUUACCUGCACCGAUGUUACAUUAUCAUCCCUCUUCUCUUGUAGCUUCUUUCAUACCAAGUGGUGGCUUAUGGAGUAUGCGCAAUAAAAAAUUUGCUUUUGGCGCCACGCUUUAUACAGGAAUGAAUAUUACAAAUAAGUUUCCACCUAUCGUACAAUGUAACCCUCUUGGUAAUAUUGAACAGUCUUUAAAACAAGCAUGGAUUAAGGCAGGAAAUAUGACUAAAUCACCGCCUCAAUUAAUUUUAUGUAUUCUUCCUAAUACUGCUGUACCUCUGUAUGCAGAGAUUAAACGACGUCCAUCUAUUAUAUUGAGCGCAAACGUUAUCCAUUUAGAUGAUUGUAAUCGUUCAUCUAUUGCCGCUUUAUGUGCUUCACUUGACGCAAAGGCAUAUCGUUAUGCUGCUUCAAUUCGAUUUCAACGUAUUGGAAUGGGACACAUUGAAGACUUGUCUGAUAUGGUUAAGGAAUUAUUAAAAACCUUUUAUCAGCACAUAGGAAGAAAACCAGAACGUAUUUUAUUCUAUCGAGAUGGUAUCAUAGAAGAGAGUCUCAAAGAUGUGGUAGAAGCAUUAAAAACCGCAUUUAGAUUACUUGAAACGAAUUAUAACCCAACAAUAACAUAUAUAACUGUGCAAAGAGCUCAUCACACUCGCUUCUUCCCAAUGAAUAAAAGUGGUUCCGAUAGGUUGGGAAACUGCCUUCCGGGCACAGUUGUUGAUUCAACUAUAACUCAUCCUUUCGAAUUUGACUUUUAUCUUACGAGUCAUGCUAAUUUUGUGGGAACUUCGCGUCCAACACAUUAUCAUGUAUUAUUUGAUGAAAACCAAUUCACAUCUGAUUCACUUCAAACCUUAUCAUACAACUUGUGCCAUUUGUAUGCGCGGUCUACAUGUGCAGUUUCAGUUGUCUCUCCAGUGUAUUAUGCUAGAUUACUUUGUAAGAGAGCAAAGUUUCAUUACCGUUACGAUCGUUGGAAAGAUUCAAAUUCGGAUUCUUCAGAAUCUUCAGUAGGUAUUAAACCUGCAUUAAAUUUUGCCAAGGUGAUGCCUGAAUUACGGAAAACUAUGUACUUUAUUUGA